GAUCAUGACCUGAGCCGAAAUCAAGAGCCGGAUGCUCUUGUCGGGAGACAACUAGGGAGAAAGCAAAUGGUUUUCUGAAAGGUGUUGAACAGAGAUUAAAAACAAAAACUUUGAAGUGAAAAUUCCUAAUUUCUAGUCCAGUGUUUUACCUGACACCUCACUCCAUACAACAGCCCAUUUUCUGCUUUAAACUGUCCUGUGAACCAAGCAAGGUUCAUUGCCUCAUGAGGCUGCUUAUUCUUUUUAUGGACAGGCUGAUACAGUGGGAAUUUAUUUUCUAGGAGAAAAAAGUGGAGAGAUUGUAAUAAGUAUAAAGCAGGUCCCAUAGGAAUGCAUUUAUUCAUCUGUUUGUCAAACAUUUAUUUAACACUUAAAAUGUGCCAGUUAUUGCUAGAAGCUAGGGAAGCAGAGGUGAAAGACAACAUCUAGGGGCUCCCGGUCUGAUGCAGUAACAAACCCAAAAGUUGCAGCAGCGUUGGGAGUAAUGGUGCUUGCCUUGAGGUCUGGCACAGCUCUUAGCUCCACAUACGUCCACCAUUUGACUGUCUCCCAUUGUACAGGACACUGGCACAUCAGACCCGGUGUCUACUGAAUGGAGUUUAUACCAACUUCUCUUGUCCCUAUUCUCAAUGCCCGAAGGGAAUCUGGAAAAGUUAUAAGCAAAACAUCAUUUCUCUAAGAAAAUUCUGGAUAACAGAAGUUCUGAGUAACAGGGCAAACCAAUUCCAUCACCAUGAGUUGGAGCUUCCUGACUCGCCUGCUAGAGGAGAUCCACAACCAUUCCACAUUCGUGGGGAAGAUCUGGCUCACUGUACUGAUUGUCUUCCGGAUUGUCCUUACGGCUGUAGGAGGAGAAUCCAUCUAUUAUGAUGAGCAAAGCAAAUUUGUGUGCAACACGGAGCAGCCAGGCUGUGAGAAUGUCUGCUAUGACGCCUUUGCACCCCUCUCCCAUGUGCGCUUCUGGGUAUUCCAGAUCAUUUUGGUGGCAACCCCCUCGGUGAUGUACCUGGGCUACGCCAUUCAUAAGAUUGCCAAGAUGGAGCAUGGCGAAGCAGACAAGAAAACAGCUCGGAGCAAACCCUAUGCAAUGCGUUGGAAACAGCACCGGGCUCUGGAAGAAACAGAAGAGGACCAUGAGGAGGAUCCCAUGAUGUAUCCAGAAAUGGAAUUGGAAAGUGAAAAAGAAAAUAAAGAGCAGAACCAAACUAAACCCAAGCACGAUGGCCGCCGGCGGAUUCGGGAGGACGGGCUUAUGAAAAUCUACGUGCUGCAGUUGCUGGCAAGGACCGUGUUUGAGGUGGGUUUUCUGAUAGGGCAGUAUUUUCUGUAUGGCUUCCAAGUCCACCCAUUUUAUGUGUGCAGCAGACUUCCUUGCCCUCAUAAGAUAGACUGCUUUAUUUCGAGACCCACUGAAAAGACCAUCUUCCUUCUGAUAAUGUAUGGUGUUACAGGCCUUUGCCUAUUGCUUAACAUUUGGGAGAUGCUUCAUUUAGGGUUUGGGACAAUUCGAGACUCACUAAACAGUAAAAGGAGGGAACUGGAAGAUCCGGGUGCUUAUAAUUAUCCCUUCACUUGGAAUACACCAUCUGCUCCCCCUGGCUAUAACAUUGCCGUCAAACCAGAUCAAAUCCAGUACACCGAACUGUCCAACGCUAAGAUUGCCUACAAGCAAAACAAGGCCAACAUCGCCCAGGAACAACAGUACGGCAGCCAUGAGGAGAACCUCCCAGCUGACCUGGAGACUCUGCAGCGGGAGAUCAAAAUGGCUCAGGAGCGCUUGGAUCUAGCAAUCCAGGCCUACAGUCACCAGAACAACCCUCAUGGUCCCCAGGAAAAAAAAGCCAAAGUGGGGUCCAAAGCUGGGUCCAACAAGAGCAGUGCCAGUAGCAAAUCAGGGGAUGGAAAGACCUCCGUCUGGAUUUAAUCUUGGCUGGGAUUAAAACUUGUGCUCUUCCAUAGUCCGUGGUAAGCAGUGGCUCACUGAAUAAUGGCCUCUGUUGAGUAAACAUUUGGCUCUGGUUAUCUUCAGGGAUGCUGUUGGCUCAUGAUCCACGCUCAGGGGACUCUGAAAGCGGGGCUGGGACGAGGGGGAGAAAAGGGGAAACACCGUGUUCGUGGGCACAUAUUUCAGCAAUAAUACUGUUACAGAACUUUACAUUUGUGUCUUCCAGAUCUGGAAAAAAAACAGAUAUAUUUAAAUCAUUCUUGUUGAAAAGUUUUUGUAUGUACAGUAUUAUGGUACAUUUUUUUAGUAUGAGUACUUUUUUUUGUAUUUGUAUAUUGGACUGCUGUAGUUACACUUUUAUAUUAAAGGAAAAAAAAUCCUUAAGGUAAUGCCUAUUAGGCCAGUGUUAUUACUUUGUUCAGCAAAUUCCACCCUGGGUUUAAAGUUUUAAUAGAUGCUACACCUAAUAAAA